AGUUCGUACGUUCCUGCUUAAACCGAACCAGCUCACUAGAAAAUGUUUUACUGAUAACGAUUGUCUGCUAAUGGGGUAGCUGAAUUUAUUAUGAAGUAAGGGUGGCGUGAGUGUGAGUAUGGGUGUGAGUCCCUGAAUUCUAGCUUCGCACGGCGCUGAGGGAGCGAGUCACAAAAUAACAAACAAACAAAAAGCGAACAGAUGUCAAAUGAUGCCGGGAUGAUGAUCAAUUAUACGUUUUAUCGGAAUUUUAUGGGCGGUCAGUGAGAGUUGUGUGAAAUGUUUCAGAACGGGAGGAACUCACCAGUCCUAGAAGACCUUCUUUCAACUGAAGAAGAUACCCUAGGAUCUUCUAUUAGUCUCAGUGUGGGAGAAAAUUCUAUUCGUAUAAAGGAGAAGUCAAAGCCUACCAAGGAACCUGAUCACAUUGCCGAAGAGAUUGAGAAGGAGAGAUGGUGGUUGAAAAAAGUCGAGACACGUCCAGGUGUUGCGGAUGUAAAGAAAUUAGAAGUAAGGGGGAAACCGUCACCUGGUCCUUCUCCCGAUGUAACUUCUUCCAUGGCAGAGUUUCUUGAAAAAGAAAGACUGUGCAAUGUUGCGUGUAAAAGUGAAGCUGAGGCCAAGGACAAGGAUGAUACACUUUGCGAUGUACUUGCAUCUGUAGCAUUUGAUAAGUAUCCUUCAGAUUUUGAAAAUGCCACAGAUGAAGACAUUGGCAGCAUCCUGGAGGAAAUGAGUAAGAUUGCAGGAGCGCUGAGUCCAAACUCUGGCCCAGAUCACACAAAAUCUGGGAGUUCUGGUAAGAAUAAAACAGAAGAAGAAAGAUCUGUCGAGGAGCUGUUAGAAGAAGCUGAGAAACUAGUAAAGAAAAAUACACAUAGUCUUUCAAAAAGUGCUUCGAAGUCUGAUACUUUAGUGCCCAACAAAAAUUUAGAUACAACUGAAAAUCUUGGAAGAGUCAGACAACUAGAAGAAGACAUAUUUCAAAUGAUAGAGGAAGAGGUUCACAAGGAGUCGGAAAAAAUUAGGAGGAGUCCUAAAUACGAGAAAAAGAAAGAUAUCAAUCAGAGUUUUGAAAUAAUUUAUGAAAAUGUAAACACAUUAAAACCUCCUAAAACUCUAGAAUUACAAAGGAAGAAAUUCGAGGAACAGAAAGUUGAAAUUUCGAGUAGCUCAGAUUUAGACGACCCUAUAGAACGACACUCGAAAUCAGAGGAAUUAAAAGUUGCCACAAAAGUUGAAGCCAAUGAUAAUUUGCAAAAGGAAAUAACGGACGUGGAUAAGGAUUUUUUCGACGAUUUAUUAAGGAAAUCCAAAGAAAAAAUUGAGGGUGGUAUGUCCGCUAGUUCCAGUUUUGGUCAAGAAGAUUUUUCGCACUUUUUGAAACUUCUACAGGAUCAAAGCGACAGGAAAGAACGUGAACCUAAGGAAGCUAUGAGUUCUUAUAACGUUAUAACAAGGCAUAAUCAACCAGGAGGCAGCAGCAACAAGGGUGAGAGCGAAACUGCUUUUGCUAAAAGCCCAGCAUUUCCAGAAAAAGAAUUUUCUGAAAUUCUGGAAAGAGAAUUACUAAAAGUAGACAAGAAGAAAGAAAUGCACGAAAUAGCAGAAUCAGAAUCCAGUACCAGUGCCGGACGCUCCGCUCGUUCCGAAGGAUCGAUUAAGAGAGAUGCGUCGAUGUCAAGAAAUUCCAGCCUAGAUAAAUCAAAUAAAUCUGAUAGUGGAAGAAAGGAUAAUAUGUUAUCAAGUGUUGAAGCUGUUAAAUCAAAUGAAUCUAAGGAAUCCAAAGUUGUAAAUGCCAAGAAUGAACUGUACACAGUGGGUUUGACACCACGAUUGGAAUUGUUCGCUGAUGCAAUUCCUAAAUUAAUUGCUGAGAAAUCGAGUGAAAAUUUUAAGAAACAAGAACUCGAUAGAAUUGAGAAUGAAAAGGAUGCUAAUCGUGUAACAAGGACUUGUGUAUCCGACGAGAGCAAAGUACAAACGGAUUCAAAAAAGUUACGAGAGGACCAUAAGAAGAUGAUUAGUACCGCAGGCCCGUCUAAUAUGAAUUUUCAAAAAAUAGGAUCCGAUACGGCAAGAUCAGAUCGUAUUCCUGUGGCGUUGGAUAAUAAGAUUGGUAAAAAGGGAAUAAAGUUCGCUAAAUCUAAAAGUUAUGAUCACAUUUGCAAACCGAUUACGAAUCUGAAGUUAUCCCUCGAUGAUGUCAAGAAUAUCAAAAGCGCUGAUAUUCCAAAGAGAACUGUACCGCCAGCGGCGAAGAAAUCUCCUUUAUCGAAGACAAGACUACAAACUAAGUCAGUUUCUAAAUUUACUCCCACAAUGAAAUUGUCUCCCAAACUUCGAAAGGAUUCACCGAAAGAAAAUUCUGCACCAUGCUUGGCUUUUGGGUCCAGGGUAACCAUGACUAAGUCCACGGACAGCAUUUUGAAACAUUCAUUAGCUGGUGGCGACACCAGAAGAAAUUUAACUAAAAAUGAUUGGGAAAGUUUAUGUCACGAAGAGCGGCACAAGAACGCACUUUUGAAAGAGCAGCUGAAUUCCGAGGCCAAAUUGUACAAGACUCAAAUAGAAAGUAUGCGCACGUCUUUCGAAGAGGAACUGUUCUCCUUGAGAAAACAAAACAUAGUAUUAAAAGCGAAGGUCGAUGAACUCACAUUGAAUGAGAAGAGAUCAGAAUAUCAUGUUAAGAGCGAUACUAAAACAUUAAAGUUAGAACGAGAAUUAGAGAAGCAAGAGAGUCUCAUAAGAGCUUACGAGGUGGAGAAUAAGAAGUUGAUGCAGGAAACAAAGCGUUUACACGAUGAGGGAAAAAAUCUUCAGCAGAAGCAUAAGAACGUGAUAAUGGAAUCAAACGAAUUUCAAAAACAGGCUGAUCGUAUAAAGGAUCUGCAGGAAGAGGUGCUAAAGUUGAAUUUGGUAAUAGCUGAGCUCAAGGAAAAGAAUACUGACUACUUGAUGAGGAAUGAGGAUCUGAAUCAGCAGAAUGGGUUGCUUAAGGACGAACUAGAGAUGUUCAAGGAGCAAUUGUGCACUAAGAAUAGCUCUGUAAUGGAACGUCUACAAGCGAUGACUACUAACGAGUUAGAAAUGAGGAAGCAAAUAGAAGACAUGAAGGUGGAAUUGAAUUCUAAGAAGGAACUUUUAAAGUCGAUGAAGUUGGACUACGAGAGGUUGCAACAGAACUCUUUACCUCUGGAAAGGGAGCUUCUUGAAUUAAGAGUCAGAGAAGGUGGAUUGACGGAGAAGUUGCAAGUAGCUAAGAGUCACGUUGAGAGAGAGAAGCAACUUACGCAAAAACUGAAAGAUCAGGUGAUCCUAGACAGUAAAAAAAUCAUGGAUCUGAACAGACAGGUACGAGAAAUGGAAAGGAUCCUUAAGCGAAAAAAUCCGGAUUCGGUAUCAGCUCUUAUAUUAACAGCAAACUCAGAACAUGAAAGAGUAAGUGUAGAGAAGGUGAAACUCCUAGAGGAAAGGAUUGUUUCUCUGGAGAAUGAAAUAAAAGCAAAAGAAAACAUAUCCCAGGAGAAGCUUGCAGAUUUCCAGAAUAAAUUCACUGAAAUGAAAGAAAGAUAUUUGACUCAAGUAAUGGAAUUAGAAGGAAAGUUAUUAGAAGCGACUGUCAAAGAUCGUAAGGUCUAUAAUGAUAUGUUCACACAAACAAUGUUGAAACAUUUAGAAAACAAAGGAGUGGAAACAAUUAGAAAUCAAGAUAAGGAGAAAGCCCCAAGCGUUGAAAAAGAAGAAAAAAAAGUAACAAAAGUGGGUCCUAAGUCUCAAAACGCGAAAGAAGACACUCAUUUAAUAGCAACAAUCAGAGGUCUUAAAUUAGAACUUGCCAACAAAGAUAAAACUGUAUCAAAGCUUACAAAGGAAUUUCAAGAAUUGCAGAAAACAAAUCGUAGACUGCAAAAGGAACGUGAAAAGUUAUUAAAUGAUAAAAGGAAUUUCAAGGGUGUUGAUGCUGAUAAGCUUAUUGCAAACAAAGUUACUGGGAUGGAUUCCAGACCUGCGAGUUCUAAGACUACUGAUUCUAAUGAUCAGAAUUCAAAUGUAUAUCAAAAUGGUAACGUGGCCAAUGCAAAUCAAAGACUUUCUAGUUCCACCCAGAGACUUUAUGACCCGUUACAGUUCUCUGAAAAUUCUGAAAAUGCUACAACGAAGAGAUUAAUCAACGAAAAUGAAAUCCUCAAAGAAGAAUUAAAUAAAAUGAAUAAAGAUUUCAUGGCGCUGAAAAAUAAACGUCUGCAUGAUCUAAAUUUGCUGCAGGAGGAACACGAACGUGAAAUGGCGGCUCUGGUUAAAGAGUACAGCGUGAAGUUCGGCGAUUCGAAAGUGGUAAAGUUGCAGGGUCAAAUAAAUACACAGGUAGCAAUAAUAUCUCAUCUAAAGCAACAGAUUGAAAAGCUCAGGGAUAAUAAAGAGCAAGUUAUUGUUCUAAAAGCUGAAAGAGAGCAUCUCGAAAAUAAAGUAAAAACCCUGAAUGAGAAAGUGAAAUACUUAUCCACACCAGGUACUGAACAACUUCAACUACUACAAGACAAGAUCACUGUACUACAGCAACGUCAUGAGAGUCGUGAGAUGACAUUACAAUCUUUAGUACGUGACUUACUGAGGACCAAAACUCAGUGUCGUGAUUGUAAAGGUGAGAGAGGCAAGAACAAGCAGCUGUGUUACUUUCGACAAGAACUGGAUCAUAUCCUAGGCAUGCUCCAGGAACUUGCAAAUGUUUACUGAUGAUAAACAGAUGAUUGGAGACAUCGAGUAUAGAAGGAAUACUUAGAAGACUGGAAUCUUGUCGAACACAUUCAAGAUUCUAGAUUUUUCUCUUGCCAAUGGAUACGUAGAUAAUUUUUGCCAUUAGUGGCAGAAUCAAUCCUUCCAAAAAAGUGACUGAAUAAUUGCACAUGACUUGAGAGUCUCUUUCCUUGACCUUUAGCAUUCCUCUCACUGCACCUGAAACACAAUUCCAAUCAUGUUCAAGAAUAGACUGAAGUCUGUUGUUAUACUAUCCAUGUAAAAGCGACAAGUUAUGCUACGUAGUAAUACGCAAUGCAUUGCUUGCAUAAAGAUUAAAAAUAUUUUAACUGGAUUUUACUUGGUUAUGCGAUAGUGUUGACUCACUGCCAGACAAAUUAACAAAUGAGGGUUAGGAUAAAAAUUAAAAAGAAGAAUGAGAUCUAUGGAAAAUAACGACAGGCUCUCCUAAAGUAGAUUCUAGAUUUUCUUCCAGAAAGAAUAUGCUAAUGUUUUUAUAGAACUUUUUUCUAGACUUUGCUGUAUAUAUGCUGAUAAGUUAUUGGCAACAUUUGUAGUAUUGUCUUUAACAUUGCUGUAGCAGAGCCAAAUGUGAUGAUUAGUUUAUUGACAAUUGGGCAUUGUGUACGAUUACGCAAAGCGUCUCGUAUAUCGAAUAUAAUUUAUAAGCCCAGGCGCGAAACUCAUAUCUUUAAUAUAAUUUUUUUUUCCUAAAGUUCUUUCAAGAAAGCUCGCACACGCCGUUGAGCAUUUAUGUACCUAGCACAUCGCACACGCAUUACAUUUUUUACUAGCUUUAAGUCCACGAACAUGAUGUACAAAAUUGAAAUUAUCUUUAAUAAAAUAGCUUUUGUCGAUUCGAAUAUACAAUA